UCCCCUCUCCCGCUCGAGCCCUCGCUCCCUGUCAAUCAUCCGUUUGGAAUCACGCUAGUGUGCGCACGCAGCUCCACUGAUGUAGGAGGAGACGCUGCUGUCAUCUGCAAAAAAAAAAAAAAAAGAUGGCAUAAUCCAUUUUUAAAGGCAACUGGCUGUUUUCCCCCUUCCAGGAAUUUUAAUUUUUCCUCAAGUGUUGUGACUAAGCGCUCCCGUGCCACAAAACGACGCGAAAGGGAAUGUUUCUGACAUUCAGUUCCUCGCUGUGAAGCAGUGACGAUUCAUUCACCACAUUUUCUGAGGAGGAAUCUCUCUUUUUUUGUUUCACCAUUUGAAGCGGAGGAUAAAGCUGGAGAGCGGGGACACAGGGAAAGUGGAUGUCGCGACUGUACGAUCUGUCCCGUUUUCACCGGGACCCGUGUUGUUGGUGGUGAGCCGCCGCGAAGCUGUUGUGGGAGUGUCGCACGCACGCGAGGAUAGUUUGCCCUGGAUUUUUCAAUCAUUUGCGAGAUAAGGCUCCCAGACCUCCUCCUCCACCUCGUCGUCGCCGACGCUGCCCUCCCUUCCUCAUCCUCCCGGUUUUUUCUUCCUCUCGUACCUCCGUGAUUUUGCCGCGGUCUGCACGCGGGGUAGAGGCUCGCGCUCACCGCGAGAGGACUGAACGCAGCGCGCGAGGCCCCCGACCCCCUCCCCCACUCUCAAACCCCCUUCAGAUCAUCUCCUCACCUCCCUUCUCAUUUUUUUUUCCCGUGUUCUUCUUAAUAUUUUUCCUCAGAGAAGUAGGAUUGGGGGGUUAUUUAAUUUUUACCCGCCUUUUUUUCCAGCGGCCACUCGAACCGAGUGAUAUUUUUGUGUUUUUUUUUUUCUCGUUUCUGAAGCCCCGACGAGGCCGGGCUGUGUACAGUAAAGCAGUGGGGAUGACUUUAGAGUCGAUGAUGGCCUGCUGCCUGAGCGAAGAGGCCAAGGAGUCGAAACGAAUCAACGCCGAAAUCGAUAAGCAGCUGCGUCGAGACAAACGCGACGCGAGACGGGAGUUGAAGCUGCUGCUGCUCGGUACGGGUGAGAGCGGCAAGAGUACGUUCAUCAAACAGAUGCGUAUCAUCCAUGGCACCGGGUACACAGACGAAGACAAACGUGGAUUCACCAAGCUAGUGUACCAGAACAUCUUCACCUCCAUGCAGUCCAUGAUCCGCGCCACCGAGACCCUGAAAAUCGGCUACAAGUAUGAGCAGAACAAGGCAAAUGCCAUGCUGGUGAAGGAGGUGGACAUUGAGAAGGUGUCGUCAUUCGACCAGCCCUACAUUAGUGCCAUUAAGAUGCUGUGGACAGAUCCAGGCAUUCAAGAGGCCUACGACAGACGCAGAGAGUACCAGCUGUCAGACUCCACGAAAUACUAUCUAACUGAUCUGGAUCGUAUCGCCGAGCCCUCCUACCUUCCCACCCAGCAGGAUGUUCUGAGGGUUAGAAUCCCGACCACGGGGAUUAUUGAAUACCCGUUCGACCUUCAAAGCAUCAUUUUCAGGAUGGUUGAUGUAGGGGGUCAGAGGUCAGAACGCAGGAAGUGGAUCCACUGUUUUGAGAAUGUGACGUCCAUCAUGUUCCUGGUGGCUCUGAGCGAGUACGAUCAGGUUCUGGUGGAAUCAGACAACGAGAAUCGUAUGGAGGAGAGUAAGGCUCUGUUCAGGACGAUAAUCACAUAUCCAUGGUUCCAAAACUCUUCUGUCAUCCUCUUCCUCAACAAGAAGGACCUGCUGGAGGAGAAGAUCUCCUACUCCCACCUGGUCGACUAUUUCCCAGAGUUCGAUGGGCCCCAAAGGGAUGCCCAGGCCGCACGGGAGUUCAUCCUAAAGAUGUUUGUGGAUCUGAACCCUGACAGCGACAAGAUCAUCUACUCGCAUUUCACCUGUGCCACUGACACGGAGAACAUCCGCUUCGUGUUCGCGGCGGUGAAAGACACCAUCCUGCAGCUAAACCUGAAGGAAUACAACCUGGUGUGAGACGUGCGACGAGUCUGACACAUGAAUCAGCAUGGAACAGGCACCCACAGAGCGUGCACACACCUACGUCCACACACACACAUACACACACACACACACACAUACACACACAUGCAUCAUGUACACUUUCAGAAACAUGGUUCUUUUGAUUUCUCUUUCCCAGCUUCCAGAGUUUUUCUCUUUCUGUCCAGCGAAAUCAUUACGGACGUGUCCUGCUCAUCGUUUGUUUUUUAUUUGUUUGCCAAAGUCUGUCCGCUCAUCCCCGGCAGCUCACGUCAAAGGCCUCUUUCCCUUUUAUCAAAUUUGACCACCAAAAUAAAGUGGCUCGGAUUUGACAAAGGGCGUUAGACUCUGACUCGCCACUCCAACGUUCACAUAUUUCAUGGAAAUGUUGUAUUGGCGGAGCUACGAUGAGAAUGAUCUGUGAUACGCUGGCCUGAAAAACUGGAAGUGAUGUUCCUUCCCCUUUCCUGUAAGGGUCCUCGCUCCAAUCACGUCAUCUGCUCCGAGCGUUUCUCUGGAAUUCUGCCUGGAUGAAUGGAAAAAUGUGGUUUUCACAGCCCUGCAAAAAGACAAAAAAAAGUCACAACAUAUUUACAUACUUGUACAUGGACUAGUGCUGUGGUGCCGGAAGUUCAGAAAAGGAUCCUUCUAGAAUUCCGAGGAUUCUGGCGGAUUCUAAAAUCCAGUGGGUUUCACUGAUGGUGUGGAGAACCUUUCACUCGCAGAGAUGAUUCUCUCGACGAGGCUAGUCUUCAACUCGCAUCAAUGAAUGUAAACUUCAUGUGAGAGCAUCGCAAAUGCAAAAAAAAAAAAAAAAAGACGAAAAAAAAAAAAAUGAUAAUGAACGAAAAUAGUGUAAGAAUGCCUAUAUAAGCAAAACGAUACAAAGCACGCAAGGGAGAGAUGAAACUAAUUAAAUCUGUGUAUAUUGCUGAGAUGAUCAUUUUAAAAACUUUUUAAUGAUAAGUAACUAUAGCUACUUCUACUGCUAUCGAAUAUAAAGUAAAUUAUAACAGCAGUCGAAUUAUUGAUGGGUAAGAGACAACGUUAAGGAUUUUUAAAUGUGCGCAAAAUUACACAUUUACAAUAGGUAUUGUUCUGCAGAUUUCCACAUUUAACAUUGAAAAUGAUUGCAUUGCUUCCUUCCCCAAUGGUUAUGUUUUAUCCUCCUUCCUGGUUUCGUUUUAAUUUCGCAAUAUAAAAAAGUAGUUUCAGAGUGCGCAAUUAUCUUUUUCCACUCAUGAACAGAUAGUUUAAUUCACAAUCCGGGUAUCGUCGUCGUCUAGCGGCACGGAUGCACACAAUCCAUUAUUUGUUUACGCAGUUUUUUAACUGUCAUAAUGUAACUUCUUCGGUCGACAAUUUCAAGAAUUUCGCACGAGGUCCGGGGGAGGGUCGUGGGAGGACGGGGUCAGGGGGACAGGAAAGCAUUUAUGCGCUGAAGUGAAUUGAUUGUGUAUAUUUAUAUUUGUAAAUACGUAUACACAUUAUUGCUUAUGUACAAAACGUCUGUGGUACACUAUCUUUGGCAAAAAAGAAAAAAAAAACACUUUAUUGCAGUUGUGUACGGUUCUGUUGGUUUUCUUAUGAAUUACAAUAUUAUUGAUACUGUGAUUCUUUGUUUUAAUUUUUGAUUUUUCUUUUUUGGUCACUAUGAAUACGUCAAAUGAUAUACACAUAGCUGUACCUGACGGUAACGUGUGGAGGACGGACGUGAUGAGCAGUAGUCUAGAGCAGACUUUGGAAAGCGUUUGGAAACUUCGGAGACGGAUAGGGAAGCAGCCUCCUCCACUGUGUGAAUUUUAUAUAGAAUACAAAAUAAAAACAUGAUUUUUAAGCAAAGGAAAAAAUUAAUUCAAGAACGUUUUAUUUAUAUAAUUUAUGGACCAGAUCUGAAGUUGUUGAUAAUUUGAAUGCUAUUGUUUCCUCUUUCCUAUUUGAAGCACUCCCAUGUUAUGAGACAGAAAUAGGAGACUGGUGUCUGUACUGCUGUAUAAACCUCCGUUAUGGAUAAAAUGAUCAGCCCUUUUUUUUUUCUUCUUUUUUUUUCUUCCCCAAAACACAGAAUAUAUUAUACUAUAAAUAUUUUCCCUAACCACACUUUUCACUUUCCUACAGAAUUUUUUUUUUUUUUUAUUGUUAAAUUUCCAAGUAAUGUUUAGGUGAAGUGCUUAAAAACAAACAUAGGAAAUGUACCAUAUGAAAAUAGACAGCUUUUUAUGUGAUUGAAGAUCUAUUUGGUCAACGCUUGCAAGUAGUGACUUUUUCUUUCGAUUCUGAUUUCAUUUUGAUUUCUUUAUAAAUUCACAGCUUGUUUCCUUCACUGUGUAUGUGAUGCACAGAUAGAAAAAAAGUGUUCUAUUUUAUACAGGUGACGUUUCAUUCAUUUUCAUCAAGGGCUACGAAAAACACGCCACAUGAAAACCAGAAAUGAUUGGUCACAGUUCAAAGUGCGAUUCAGUACUUGCAGAAACCAAUCACCAAACACUCAUGCAUUAUUCAUCAUUUUAUCACUUUUGCUGCCAUGCAUCUGAGUUAAUCACAUGCCACGGUCAUCAGACGCUCUACUAGAAAAACAAACUCCCAAACGUUUUCUUGAUAGAUAUAAAACCUGACGUGUUAUUUGUAAACUGAACCCGUGUAAUUCAGUGUUUAAGUGGGGUUUGGAAAUGUCACACCAUUUUGUAAAUCCUGCAGUGUUUUCUUCGCUCUUCGUAGUGAGUUAGAUUUGAAGAAACUGAUGAAACGAAGCAAACUGAAAUACCAUUAUUUGGAUGUACGUCCUAUUCUAAAGUGUUCAAAUGGAUCUUAGUUUACUGCGACUUUCGAGUUGAGGUCUGCUCACUAUGAGAACAGUUUUCUUAUCAAGAAAAAACAAAGGGGGCGUUAUUCGGCACAGCUUGAUUGUUCUUAAUGCACUUUUUGGUUUUUCCAUGCAAACGCUUCGAGCUGCAGGCCGACCAUUCCAGCUACACAUAUCUAUAAAUGUGCCAGUCCCAGAUAUCUCGUAUUCGACGUUCCCUCAAAAACCUCUACCUCUGUGAGCCGUGAGAUGUUUUCAGGCAUUUUAGGAUCGGUAGUCACGUGACAAGCACACUUUUUAGUCCGUAGGGCACAGUCAGUGAGGUUUGGAGGCCAAACUUUGUCCAUUUAUUAGAUCUUGCCAAUAACCCGCAUGUAAACACGGCAAAAACAACACCUUUCUCAGGCCAAAACAAUCUUCCUAACAGGUCCCGGGUUCCAAGUGGUACGUGGAAAGUGUCUGUCCCACUGCUUUUGUUUGAGUUCUGUAGCGGACAAGUGAAUAGACAUAUCAGUUAUGAAGGCUUUGGCUGUUCUGGGUAACAGUUUAGAUAUAAUUUAGGCUAGAAAAUACCAUAUACAAAUGCAUAAAUGCUUGAGCAAAGCAUUGGAAACCUGUCUUGUUGAUAAUCCUCAGUACUCAAGAGGGCGCUAGAGUUCCCUUCAAGUGUCUGUGCCAUUAUACCGAAAGUUAUUACUCCUGAAUUAAGGAAGAUUGGCUGUGGAUGUUGCUUUUGUGGCAGCCAAUUGCACUGUAUUCACUUUUGACUUAUCUGGCUUGAAAAAAAAAAUUGUACACAUUCCUAUCUUUCUCUAGUGUGCAUAACAUAAGGUCGCUUGCCUCUUGAGUUCUGUGUCUGAGUUCUCAUGAUGGUUGUGAUUCAGUUCAAUGACUCUUUGCAUUUGAGCACUUGUAAAACUCUCUUAGUGAGAUGCAGUGAACACAUAAGCUUAUUGACAUGUAGUCAGAUUUGCUGGCCCGUUGCAGACAACAGAGCAAGAUGAUUGUUAUUUCCAUGAAAGCAUGUUUACUGGUACGGUUAGGUGCAUCUGUGUGGUGGACGGCCGAAUGGUUGACGUCCAGACCCAAUGAAAGAGUCACUAAAAUCUGAUUUCUGCUUUUCAUCCCGUUCUUUCAUUGUAAUGCAUUGCCUGAAAGCUGUUAUUUCCAGGACCACUUGAUCAUGUACAUUUUAUUUGGGUUUUCUCACUCAUUAUUUUUCUGCUUCUUUGUACCCUUUUAUUUUGUAAUUAUACCAAAUGUAAAUGUUGUAUAAUAUUGUGCGUGCCAAUCCCCUUCUCUGAGACCGACUCGUAACAAGUGCCAAUUGUUGUCCGAAUCACAUGCGGACUGUGAAAUUAGACAUGGUCCACUUUUAAAAAUGAGUAAAACACUAAAGAAGAGAGUAAAUGGAUUUACUUUGUAUUUAAGUUAGAAGAUAAACUGCUGUUUUUCUCUUUUCUUUUCUUUUUUUUUAAGGAAUUGUAAUUAUUAAAGCAUGUGCUCUUUGUCCAGGUGGGAGUUGUGGGCUCAGACAAACAUCGAAAUCAUCAAGACGAGAAAACAUAGUGGAAAUUAAUUUUACAACAUUCUCGCCAUAUUUUAUUGUUGUUUUUAUUUGUAUUUGUUUCAUUUCAACCACUGUUGCCUGAACCUCAUUCAAACAUGGAAAUGAUUUUCAUAACCGCCUUCUAAAAAAAAAAAAAAAAUUAUAAAGUAUCUGUUUUAAAUUUAAAUAAAUUUGUUCCUAUACUUGCUGA